AUGGAAUGGAAGUUAGAUGAAGUGGUUUUUAAUAAACUGACAAAUCUGUGUGGAAAUUGUGAUAUAGAUUUAUUUGCAUCUAAGGACAAUCAACAGUUAGAGAAAUAUUAUUCAUAUACACCAGACCCAAAUGCUGUAGGAGUUGAUGCUUUUGCACACUCUGGAGAAAUAUUUCCUCCUUUUAGUGUCAUAAGCAGUGUAUUGAAGAAAAUCAAGGAGGAAGAAGUGAAGUUUGCUCUGUUGAUAGCUCCAGUGUGGAAGACAGCAUGGUUUCCGCAGCUGAUGCAUCAAGUUGCAUGUCCGUGUUAUCUUCUUCCGAAAACAGAGAUCCUCUUGCCAAAGGAUCCAGAACGACGACAUCCUUUGACAAAGAUGAAGAUGGAAGCUUUCUUAAUUCAGGAUCAUCCACCACACCAAAAUGCCUCAGGAGAACAGAAAGUUCUCCAAAUCUUGACCAGAUUGCUUCCCUCUCUGACAGCUCAUCCAGAAAUUGUUGUGAAUGAAAUAUGCAAGGUUUACCCUUCUCUAAUAUUUCCACAUCCGGGCGAGUGUCAGUUGUAUUACAAUUGCUCUAAGACGUACCCACCUGUCCCCAGCUUUAUGGAACAACACAUGAUGGAAUGUAAAUACCCAGAUCUCUUCUCUGAGAGGACCCUUCAGUGUGAAAAUUUCACUGACGUCUGCUGUGGAGGAAGAAAGGAACUAAAAGGUAAAUGCUCCUAUCGAAAGGAAAAGGAUCCCAGUGGAUAUUGCUUUUCUGAAUCAUGUGUCAGACUACCAGAUGGCAUGAUACCAAUUUCCAUGUACUCAUACACUAUAUGCCUCAAAGGGCGCUUGAUGGCUGAGGGUUCGUGUCGUUUGUUCGAGGAAGUUCCGUAUAAGGGAAAGUGUAGAGAUCGUUUUGAAGUACCCAUAACGUACCCUGGAGGUCUUUUACCGUCUUGCAAGCAAAAAGCUGAUGGUAUUUAUCGGUUUAACUAUAUCAGACCUGUGUUUGGGAGGGAAACGGAAGAUUAUUUUAGAAUAGGCCAUGCGUGUGAUGCCUACUAUCGAUGUGACAGUGGAAAUAUAACUGUUGUCAGGUGUCCUCCUGGAACAGUGUUUCAUUCUGAUAUCGGUGAUUGUAAAACUGGUAACUCCUCUCUUCCACAAAGCUGUCAGUUGUAUUGUAAUCCAAACCAAAACGAUGAUUUCCCUGGGUGCUUUCCACCAAGAAUUGUAGAAUGCUACUAUCCAUCACAAUUUUCCGAAAGGACAAAACAAUGUGAAAAUUUCACUGAAGUCAAUUGUGGAUCACGCUUGGAAGUUAAAUAUCAAUGUGAGUAUCUUUGCGGAUACUGGCACAUGGUAUGCACAAAACUCUGUGGCGGUGGUCCAAACGAAUGUUGGAAUCUACCUAAUGGUGUAUGGCAACACCCUCCAAUAAACCGGUUCUCAAAAGAAGAAUAUAUUCGGUGCUACUUUAAUACGUUAAUGGAAAGGGGGCUAUGUUCAGUUGACCACGUAUGGGGAACACAAACUUAUCCCUAUAACGGUACAUGCACACAAAAGUUUGCCAUACCGGCAUCUGAUCCACGGGGAAUAGGACUACUUCCGGACUGUACCGGAAGACCAGAUGGUAGUUACCAGUUCAUAACGAGGCCAUGUGAUGCAUACUACAGAUGUGACAGUGGGAACGCCACAGCUAUCAAAUGUCCUGAUCAUAUUUAUUUUGACAAAAAUAUUGGCAGAUGCUCUUCAAAUGCUUCAUGUUACCGUGUGUAA